UCACGGAGCUAAUUAAUGAAGUUGGCUGCUAUUGUCCUUUUCACAAUUGAAUUUGGCAUUAGAAAUUGUGUAUACCUAUAUUCUUAUUUGAGUGCUAUCAUUAUUGCUACAUAGAAAAGAAACUUAAAAUGUCAUCGAACUUCGUAAUGCCUCCUCUAUUGAGGAGUUCAUCAACAUGCAAAAAGCUGUGUGUGCUCAUCAAAAAGAAUUUUAGAAUUUUGUUUACAAGUCCACUAAGCAUAGCAGUUAUCCUAAUAGUACCAAUUGUAUUAUUUCUGUUAGCCCACUUUGAUUUAAUAACGACUGCUGUUAAGCCUACUCUUCGGGGAGAAAAUAAAUUCACAAAACUGGAUCUGGAUACGGAAGUAAAAUCCAUAUUUUACUAUCCAAACAAUUCAAUUAUUACGAAUCUCAUAGAAAAACUGGCUAUAGAAUUGCAUACAGACAAAGUUGAGACCUAUGCUAGUAGCUCGGCAUUCGAAAAUGCGCUUACAACAAAAGAUGCUUUUGUGGGGAUAGAAUUCAGUGAGGAUCUUACGAAUGUAACUAAAUUGCCACAUAAGUUGACAAUUAUAUUGAGGUUUCCGGAUUUCUUACGUUCAAGAAGCGGUAAAAUGUGGAAAACUGGCAUUUUCUAUAAGAUCUUUGUUGAAAAGCUAGAAACAAAGCCAACUUAUUAUGCCGAAGAGGGAUUUUUAAUUAUACAGGCUAAGCUAAGUAGGCUACUAAUUCGUAAGAACACCGAUGAUCUGAACCCAGAAGACCCAGAUGAGAGAAUGCCCAGUGUUAGUGUUAACGGCUUUCCAGAACGCAAACAUACGGAUUACUCAUACUUAUACAAAUACCACAAGCGAUUUCGCAUCCUUAUUCCUAUCCUUUUUGUGGGUCCAAUGCUAAUGUUGGGUUAUCGAGUUGUGACCGAGAAGCAUGGACAAUUGCGUGAUUUGAUUCACAUUAUGGGUGGUGUUUCGGUGGUUAUCAAUUGGCUCUCGUGGUCUAUAACAGUUUUCGCAUCUUUGCUAAUACUAACGUUUAUACUAGUGGUGCUAGUGAAAGCAUACUUGUGUCCAUUCAGCAGCAUACUAGUACUUUUUCUUAUAUUUCUAUUAUAUAUCCUUACACUGACAUGGUAUAUCCUUAUGAUAUGUGCCUGCUUCAAAGCUCCUGUAGUGACGGUUAUCAUAAUUUUCAUUAUAUUCAGUAUAAGCUUAGUACCUGAUAUGAUGAAAUUCAAUGUGGUUACCGAUUAUGUUCGUAGCAUUGUAAACAGCUUUUUUAUGAAUUCCGCCAUGCUGGAAGCGAUGAGACAUGUUUAUGUAUAUGAACAAAAUCGGAAAGGUAUUCACUGGAGCAAUUUGUUCCAGGUUUCUAUUCCUCAAUUGUAUUUGAGCCCCGGCGUCGUUAUCUUUAAUAUGUUCUCUACGAAUAUUAUACUAAUACUUAUCUGCCUAUAUGCGGAUCAGCUGCACUUGGGCAAACCUUGGUACUUCCCUUGUCGUUGCUUAGCUUUGAAAAGAAAGCGAAAGCCACGACAGAAGGCAGGCGGCGACUCGGGAAUAGAGUGGCCCACAGGCAGCAGAUGGAUCCAGCAAUUUAAUGUAUUUGAGCUAGAUACGACCAAUAGGACUGCCAUAAUUGAGACAAAAUCAUUAACUAAAGUCUUUGGCGAGCAUGUUGCAGUUGCAAACAUAAAUCUGAAAUUAUACGAGGAUGAGAUAACAGUGCUGCUAGGAACUAACGGUGCUGGCAAGAGCACUAUAUUCAAGAUACUAUCUGGCAUGCUGGCACCCAGUUCGGGAACCGUACUUAUCAAUGGGCAUGACAUGGCUAUUACCCCAAAACUAGCACGCAAGUCCCUCGCAAUCUGUCCACAAGCAAAUGUACUCUUUGGGCAGAUGAGCGCACGGUGGCACAUCGAGUUUUAUAGUCAACUGAAAGGCCUCAGUCGGCGUGAUGCCCAGGUGGAAGCGUCCCAGUAUUUGGAAAAGGUUAAUAUGCUUAAUCGAGGUGGCACCAAAGUCAAUAAAUUAAGUGCGGGUAUGAGGCGUAGGCUAAUGCUUUGCUGCGCGCUUUGCGCCAACUCAAAGGUGAUCCUUCUAGAGGAGCCCAUGGCCAAUCUGGAUCUGACGGCGCGUAAGGUAAUUAGGGAAUUAUUAUUAGAAAAGAAGGCCGGGCGCUGCAUUUUGGCUACUACACACAGUAUUGAAGUAGCAGAGCUACUGGCCGAUCGUGUGGCUAUUAUGUGUGAUGGUAAAAUAUAUGCUCUGGGCUCAAUCGACUUUUUAAUAACUCAACUUAGUCCGGGGUAUCGAUUGGUCUGUGAGCAACUGGAAGAUUGUGAUGUGGAGAAAGUCACACGCUUUCUGCAACGCUACAUACGAUUUGUCCAAUUGGAGAGCAUCAGAGAGACCUAUCUGACCUAUCGUCUGCCCAUCAAGGAUGUUUUCCAAUUUCAGAAACUCUUUAAAGCUUUGGAAGGCAAUGCUAGUCAAUUGAAGUUGUCUAACUAUAGCGUCGCUGCUCCUAAUUUAAGCGAUGCAUUUACACAGAUUACUACCAGCAGAUUUGUUGCCAGAUCAGCCAACUCCAUGAAUGCUUUAAUGGUUAAGCAAGUGAACAGAAAAGAGCUCAAUCCCUGGAAAAAAUGUUGCAACGACUGGCGUGGAUUGAUGCUCAGAAAGCUAAUUUAUACUAAGCAUAAUAUGCUGAUGCUCGUUUUAUUGAUGGGCUUGCCCAUUUUAAUUUAUAUAUUAAUCAAGAUACUACAUAUUGACAGCAUGCAAACCUUACCAUCUGCCUUAAAUAUAGCUGAUCUGACGCCGUAUAAUAAUCCCUUAAUUUUGUGCGAUUGGAGGAAUAGCAAAGGAGAUGAAAAUUUGAUAGAAAUCCUAAGAUCGUACGAAAGCAUCGCCAAAGCCGCUGGUGCCACAGUGCGACGUAUAAAUGAAACAUUUAAGGACUACAUGUUGUAUAAUGUUGAAGAUGACAGUGACUACACCAUUGUGGCAGCUGUGUCCGUUGAAGAAUUCUACAUUCUCGCCUGGUUUAAUCCACUGCUGGAGCAUAGCGCUCCAUUAUCGCUCGCUUUGGUAUACAAUGCGAUUGGGCAACGUUUUGGUAAAACGACUAUUGAUGUGGUUAAUAAGCCUCGCAGAAUAGCAAACCCAGUUGAGUACCAGGAAAACAAAAUAUAUUUGAAUUUUUUUUCCGCAUUAGUUAUAAUAUAUUGCUGCCUGCUGAUGGGCUUCUUUGCCCUACUGCCCAUCGAGGAAAGAGCCAUACAUCUCAGACAACAGCUGCUCAACAGCGGCAUUAGCGUCUGGAGUUACUGGCUAUCGCAUCUGUUAUGGGAUAUGUUUGUCUAUGUGCUUAUGGCAUUGGUCGUACUAUUAACUCUUCCUCACAAAUUUGGACGUGCGUUCUAUUUGCUAAUGGUCUAUUUCCUUAUUUUCGGUUUCGCUUCAUUAUCAUUCACAUAUUUGAUUUCGUUGAUCUUCCUUGAUUCUGUCAAUGGCAUGUCAAUUGUGCUUAUUAUCAACUGGAUUUUUGUUUUCACUGCUAUGAUUACUGAUAUUGAAAGAGCCUUUCGAGAUGCUUUCAACAUAUUUGCCAUGGUUGUUCCUUCCAAUGCUUUAUACCAAGCUAUAAUGGGGUCAUUGAAAUACGGCAACAAGCAAAGUUGCGUAACAGAAUCAACAUGUAAACCUGUUAUAUUUGCGAAACCAUUUAUCUAUAUGUUUUUCAGCGGCAUUGUCUACUUUCUUCUAGUUGUGCUACUAACAAAGCUCUUCCAUGCCGGAUACACAAUAAGGAGAAGCGACGAAAUUGAGUAUGUGCCAGAGGAGGGUGUAGAUGUGAAUGAAGAGCGUGAACGCGUCGAGAAUCUAGUGAAGGACGAAACGCUUCUAAGGAACUGCAGCUUGGUAAUAGACCGUGCUACCAAAGUGUAUAAUCAAACUGUAGCUGUGAAUAAUCUUUCGCUUGAGGUCUGGCCCACCGAAUGCUUCUGCUUGCUGGGCCCAAAUGGCGCGGGCAAGACAAGCACAUUUGACAUGAUCGUGGGUAAUAAAAGCAUUACUCAUGGCAAUAUCUAUGUUAAAGGGUAUAGUGUCAAGCAUCAUUUGCAUCGUUGUGGCAAUCAGAUUGGAUUUGCGGCUCGUGAGCCCAAGAUAUACACGUUUAUGACGGGCCGCGAGAAUCUUAGGUUUGCGUGCUUAACUGUUGGCAUCAAGACUGAAUCCAUAAAGGUUACUAUCGCGUAUGUGGCCGACAGCUGUAUGAUCACGCCAUACCUUGAUCAAAAGGCGAAGACCUAUAACGCUGUUACCAAACAGAAACUGAAUAUAGCCAUUGCUACGCUGUCGCCAACAUUAAUUUGCCUGGAUGAGCCCACAGCGGGUGUAGAUACUACCGCCAGGGAUGAAAUCUGUCUGCUGUUAGCUGAUUUACGCGAUUCUGGCCGCUCGCUCUUUGUCACCUCGCAUAAUAUGCACGAGUGUGAAUUGCUCUGCACACGCCUAGGCCUAAUAGUUAAGGGUAAGCUGCUUUGCUUGGGUACAUUGGAGCAUCUGAAACAACGCUUUAAUAAGGGCAUAACUGUUAAGAUUCAAGUAGCAAACAGAGAGAGACUGGAUACGUCCAAAUCAUUGGUAUUUACAUCCGAACUAUCGAUUGAUCGCAGCUCGAGAUCAAUGUUUAGCAAUCGUAGUCAUGAGACUGUAUCUUCGGCUGAAGGCAAUUCAAAAAGUACACAAACACAAAGAGGUAUAAAUAAAAUAAAAUCCAGUGUUACCAUAUCAGCGUCACCACCAACAAUAUUUACGCAAUCCACGUCUGAAAGUGAUUUGGACUCAUUGUCAGAAAACUUGGACGAAUCUAGCCCGAGAUAUUGGCAAGAUUUGAUUAACAGGGUAAUAUUGACUUUUAAGAGGGAUUUUCCAGGAAGUUAUGUCAAAGAGAAAUGCUAUAUUCUUGGAUUGGUGUCGCUCAUUAUACCAGAUGCUAAUAUUAAGUGGUCAGAAAUAUUUAGUUAUGUUGAGCAGCAUCGCAGUCACUUGCAAAUCUGGCAUUAUUCGAUAAGUCAAAUGACUCUGGAAGAUAUAGUUUUGGAAUUUACCAAUCGUCAAAAUGAUGUUUAAGUAAAGUUAAAAAUAAAUUCAGAAAUAAAAGCAAAUGUUG